UUUCGGGUGCCGGCUGGCCGAAGGCUAGUUCCAGGCCUUGGUAGCGGAGCGGCAGGGAGAGGUAAAGCGCGGAGCUGAUCGGGGGAGCAGCCGGGAUCAGAAGCGCUGCGUGAGUUUUCCGCGGGACCCGGGAACGGAGCCGACCCGGAGAAGGAGGGAGAAGUUGAACCGAGACACUAAGACGCAGACAAAGAGAAUGGCGGGUGGGAAUGCGACUGUGCGGAGAGAUUUCAUCUCAGUUACCUAUGGCUUCCCCUAAAAUUGCUUCCCUCUCUUGGGGACAAAUGAAAGUGCAAGGCUCUACCUUAACCUAUAAGGAUUGCAAAGUAUGGCCAGGAGGCAGUCGGGCUUGGGAUUGGAGAGAAACGGGAACUGAGCAUUCUCCUGGGGUGCAGCCUGCAGAUGUGAAGGAAGUCGCUGAGAAGGGGGUGCAGACUCUUGUGAUAGGCAGAGGAAUGAGUGAGGCCUUGAAGGUGCCUCCAUCCACUGUGGAGUACCUCCAGAAACAAGGCAUUGAUGUGCGGGUCCUCCAGACAGAGCAGGCAGUGAAGGAGUAUAAUGCCUUGGUUGCCCAAGGGGUAAGAGUAGGAGGCGUCUUCCAUUCCACCUGCUGAUGGAGUCACAGAGAAUAAAGCACUAAGCAACAAC